GUAUGGUGGAGAAGCACAAGUGAGAUUUCCAUCAGCUCUGCCUCCUCUAAGCAAGGUUGGACCUAUUUUGAGUUCUCCUGCUGCUGCUGCGACAGGUCCAGGUGGAAGAUGGCACCAUUCUUCUGCUACUUCUUACUCCGUUUGCUCAAAGGGUUCUGCCUUGACUGUUGAUAGUCCAUAUUCGAAUCCAAGCUUUCUGACAACGCCUGGGCAAGGUUUACAGCCUCCUAGUAUGUCAACUCCUGUGUUUCCUUCUGGGAAUUCUGUGUCUCACCCUGGUACGUCCAUUAGCGGAAUGAUGGGUCCCGAGAUAGUAUUUUCUGGAAGACACAAUGGCAUCUGCAUAUACUUUGCUCGGAUUAUAGGAAAUAUUUGGGAUGGUAGCAUAGUUGUGGAGAGAGUUUUCAAAAGUGGCAAUCGAGAAGUUGUUGCAGUAGAAAGCAGUGUUCCAUCCCUUGCACUGGAAGGUGUACUACAACAACUAAAAGGUUUACAGGAAUUUCUGGAUAGAAAUUCACAGUUUGCUACAGCAGGAGCCCUUGGAAACCCGAGUUUCAGCACACCAGCCAAUCUGCAGCAGAGGCUCCUUGGUUUCAUGCGGCCUGAUGGUGGAAGUUCUCAGCAAGUCCAACAAGAACUCCAGAGGAAAUAUCAUGCUGAGGCACAGCUAACUGAGAAGACCUCACUUCAAGGCAUCCAGCAGCUUGUUCGCAAAACCUGCCAGGCAUUGGCUUUAUGGAAGUUGCUGUGUGAGCACCAAUUCAGUGUUGUUGUAGGUGAGCUUCAGAAGGAACUUCAAGAGCAUCUAAAGAUUACUGCUUUCAAAGACUUGGUAAUUAGAGACAGAGAGUUGACUGGAGCACUGAUUGCUUCUCUCAUAAACUGUUAUAUCAGAGAUAACGCUGCUGUGGAUGGCAUCAUUGCCCAUUUGCAAGAUAUCUGUCCUCUUCUUUAUAGCACUGAUGAUGCUGUGUGUUCCAAGGCAAAUGAACUGCUUCAACGGUCUCGACAGGCUCAAAGCAAACCGGAAAAAGAGAAGAUGCUAAGAGAGUCACUGAAAGAGUACCAGAAGAUCAGCAAUCAAGUAGACCUUGCUAAUGUUUGUGCGCAAUAUAGGCAAGUGCGUUUCUAUGAGGGAGUAGUAGAACUCUCUCUUACAGCUGCUGAGAAGAAAGAUCCCCAAGGUCUUGGCCUGCAUUUCUAUAAAAAUGGAGAACCGGAAGAGGAUGUCGUUGGACUCCAAGCUUUCCAAGAGAGAUUGAACAGUUACAAAUGUAUCACUGACACCCUUCAAGAGUUAGUGAACCAAAGUAAAGCUGCUCCUCAGUCUCCCAGCGUACCCAAAAAACCAGGUCCUCCGGUGCUCUCAUCUGACCCCAACAUGCUAAGCAAUGAAGAAGCUGGGCACCAUUUUGAACAAAUGCUAAAGCUGGCUCAACGUUCAACAGAUGAACUCUUCAGUAUUGCGCUUUACAACUGGUUGAUACAAGUUGACUUGGCAGACAAACUGUUACAGGUUACUUCCCCCUUUUUGGAACCCUACCUUGUGCGGAUGACCAAGAUUGACCAGAACAAAGUCCGUUACAUGGAUUUACUGUGGAGAUACUUUGAAAAGAACAGAAAUUUUAGUAAUGCAGCCAGAGUGUUGGCAAAGUUGGCUGACCUGCAUAGCACUGAAAUUUCCCUUCAGCAGCGUCUUGAAUACAUUGCACGUGCCAUUUUGAGUGCCAAAAGUUCCACUGCUAUAUCCUCUGUAGCUGCAGAUGGUGAAUUCCUACAUGAACUAGAAGAGAAAAUGGAAGUUGCAAGGAUCCAGCUUCAAAUCCAAGAAACAUUACAACGGCAGUAUUCCCAUCAUUCUUCAGUGCAAGAUGCAAUCUCAGAGCUUGAUGCUGAGCUGAUGGAUAUAACCAAGCUGUAUGGAGAAUUUGCUGACCCUUUUAAGCUCUCAGAAUGUAAGCUUGCAAUUAUACAUUGUGCAGGUCAUUCUGAUCCUAUCUUGGUGCAAACUCUCUGGCAAGAAAUCAUUGAGAAAGAGGUGAGCGAUAGUGUGUCUCUGAGCCCCACUGACAGAAUGCAAGCGCUUAGUCUGAAGAUGAUAUUGCUUGGAAAGAUAUAUGCUGGAACACCUCGUUACUUCCCUUUAGAUUUUUUAGUGCAGUUUCUGGAGCAACAGGUCUGUGCUUUGAACUGGGAUGUAGGUUUUGUAACAUAUACCAUGCAAGAAAUUGGAGUGCCACUGCCAAAGCUGCUUGAAGUAUAUGACCAGUUGUUUAAAGUACGGGACCCAUAUUGGAAUAGAAUGAAAAAGCCAUUACAUCUUUUAGAGUGUAUUCAUGUAUUAUUAUCAGGAUAUGUACGUGAUCCAAGCAGAGUACCUACGAGGCGCCGAUUCACAAAUGUUUGCUUGGAUGCUGUUAGUUGCUACCUGGUUGAACUUCAGUCUAUGAGUCCGACACUAACAGCGCAGACUACUAUUGGGAAUUUUAAGUCGCUACAAGCUAAAUUAGAACAACUUCAGUGAUAGACUAAUACAAUAUCAGAAUAAUUAGGUGAAUAUCAGAAUAAAGUGAACUAUUAAUUCAAAGUUCAGAUGUCUGCAUUGAAUCUCUGGAAGAACAAAUCGUCAGAAAUUCUGAGAAAGCUGUUACCUCCUGCUGCAGUUAUCAAUUGUGUG